AUAAAUCAUUUUACUAAUUUUCGAAAUUAACAAAUAAUUACCAAGUUAAAAAAAUUUCAACCAAAAAAGUUCUACAAAAACUAUAGUUUUGUACGUUGGCUCCGAUACCACUGAAAGGUAACCACGGUAGGGAGGGCAGCGGAAAUACAAAAAUUUAAUCUCCCAAUAGUGAUUACUAGCCCAAGAAUACGUACUAAAACUAUAGCUAGAGAUAGAAACUUAUACCUUCUCCAGUAAAGCGGUAUGAACGAGAAGUCGAGCAAAAGGUGUUGAAGGAGCAAACGUAGCCGUUCAAGCGUCCGGCCUCCAACUUUGACACACGAACAAUCUCCGGAGUCUACUAUAAUCUUUAUGCUAGUAAAGAUUAUAAUAGUAUAUUUAAUAUAAAGAUUAUUUUAGGGAUAAUAUAAAUCUUGUAUAUUAAAUAGUAGAAAAUAUAUCAAUAAUAUUUUAAAGAAAAUAUUAUAUCAAUUUUCUACACAAAAUAUUAAUAUUUGGGAACUCAAAUAUUUUCUCUUUCCUCUCUUUGCUUGGCCGAAGUUCAAGUGUGUGGUGUGUGUGAAAAAUCCUUUUAUUUUAUCAAGGUGAUAAAACAUCAACAAUAACAAAAUGCCAAAGUGAUUUUGUCCAAAGCUUCUCCUCCACACAUUACAAAGUGGGAGACCCUCCACUCAAAGCCAUGUACGAAAGGUAGGGGGGAUGAAUUUAAAAUUCUCUCCUCUCAAAUGUUUAAAGUGUAUUUUAUUUGACAUCAAUAAUUUUUAUGAUUUAAAAUAAAAUACCCAAAACAUUUUAAAACAAUGCAAGGGAUAUAAAAUAUCCAACUUGUAGCCAUUAAGUUAUUUACUGAUUAACAAGUCUGACUGAUGAGAACAGAUGUCUAAACUCAUCUCAGCAUGGCCAUGCAUUUCUUCAGUCAUACUUAUCAGUGGGCCCCUACAAGACAUUAUUCUACUUGAAUAGCAGUGACAAAUUCUUUGUACGUAAUCUACGUCUUCGAAUAUGUGCAGCGGCAUGCCCAAUACAAAGCCUGUGUACCAUCCUUAUUUCAUACGGCUUAGGACAAUGAAUCAAAGGAUGCGGGUUCACACAUUCGAAGAGCGUAAUACUUCAAGUCUGAGGAUCGUUAUACCAAUAGUCGCAUUAAGGACACUUAGAGCAUAGACUAAAAGUCUAGGCAAUGCCCUUAAGGUGGGUCAGGGAUGAGAACCCAAGUCUUGCCGUCUUGGUGAUGCUCACAGAUUUUGAGAUGGUUACCAAAUCUGUAGGAGUGAAAGGAUAUGGGCUUCAGAAACUUGAAAUUGGGCAAGAGGCGGAAGGAGACUUGCUGUGGGAUCGCCUCUACCUGCUACUUCUGCAGAUGUUGAAAAUCCUCGAAGUACGUCGAUGGGUAGUCACCCAUGAUGAUAGCUUGUCUUAUGAAGAGGAACUCGUGCAGAUUCUAGCACAGGAAGUAAAGGAGUUGAGGAACAAAAAGGUGAUUUUGGUCAAAGUCUUGUGGUGUAACCAUGAUGUUGAAAAGGCUACGUGGGAGACAAAAGAAUCUAUGAGAGUUCAGUUCUUGUGCCCUGUUCGUCGCCUUCGUCCAGCCGACCCACAGCACCACCGGCGAGCCUCCAAUACAAUAGAAACAGCGCCGCCGCCAUCUCCCUCUCGCUCCUUCCUCCUUCCACCGGCGUGCGCGCGAGCUGUGACGAGCAGCGGUGUUUUCUUCCUCUCUCUCUCUCUGCGACUCAAGCUUUCUUCGUUAAUCGAGGUAGGGGUUUGGGACAAGAGGGCCAGCCUGAAGGACGUUGACGCGUGAUGCCGUUGAUGAUGUCACUUGAACAUUUAAUUAUUGUGUUAUUUAAUUAUUGGAAAAAUUACCCAAAAUAAUCCUAAUUUUACCCGGUCUUUCAAAAAUAAUCCCACCUUUCACUGUGAUGCAUAAUGAUCCCAACUUUAUUGAAAUUUGCCAGUUUUGGGUAGCCGUUAAGUUUCUAACGGAGGGUUAACGGAAAUGCCCGUUUUAGGCAACAAAAUGAAAGUUGGGAUUAUUU